GCGACGCGAAGCCAGCCUGAGCCGCCGUACACAGUUGUUGCUGAGAGAGCUCGAGAAGAGAACCCGCUAGUCCCCUCGUAUCAGCCCUGCACCCUGGGAGCAACUACGAAACUGGCGGUCCAAAGAAUGGUGGUGUGUGCGGGGUGCGACCGCCCGAUCCUGGAUAGAUUUCUAUUUAAUGUCUUGGACAGAACGUGGCACGCCAAAUGCGUCCAGUGCUCAGACUGUAAAACAAACCUUGCUGACAAAUGUUUUAGUCGGGACGGGAAGCUAUACUGCAGGACAGAUUUCUUCAGACGUUUCGGAACAAAGUGUGCUGGUUGUAGUCAAGGAAUUUCCCCCAAUGAUCUCGUGAGGCGGGCGCGAGAAAAAGUAUUCCACCUCAAGUGUUUUACAUGCAUGGUCUGCAGAAAACAACUCUCAACGGGAGAAGAACUUUAUGUGCUGGAUGAAAAUAAAUUUAUCUGCAAAGAGGACUAUAUUAAUAGUAAAUGCCAAGGAUCAGAUUACGAAGAUAACGAUUUUGACUUAGAUGCAGCCAGUCCCGGGAAUCUCUCCGACAGAGACGCAACAGAGAGUUUAGACGGGGACAAUUGCAGUCGUGAUUCAACGUCAGGAAAAGAAAACAAUAAUAAUAUACCAAACUUAGGCUCAAAUAUUUCCGCAUCGGAGGACAUGGUACAUACAAAUAGUAAUAGCAGUAGUCCUGAAAAGAAAGACAGUAUGCAAAAGGAUGGGAAAGAAGUCACCAGUGGCAGCGAGGGGAAUACAUCGGGGACGAAAAGAAGGGGCCCAAGGACAACAAUAAAAGCAAAACAAUUAGAGACAUUGAAAGCAGCAUUUGCAGCAACGCCGAAACCUACCCGGCACAUACGAGAGCAGCUCGCACAAGAGACAGGCUUGAACAUGAGGGUGAUUCAGGUAUGGUUUCAGAACCGUCGUUCUAAAGAGCGCCGCAUGAAACAACUUAGUGCACUUGGGGCCAGACGACAUUUCUUCCGGAGUCCGAGAAGGAUGCGCGCGCUCAGGUCGGGGAUGUCCCCGGAACUAGACGACAGUCCGGAAAUGAUGGGAAAUCCAGGGUUCGGGUAUUUCACUGACGAAGGUUUUUACCCAGGGUAUAAUUACAAUGAAUUCUUCCCUGGACAACAGGGCCAAGCUGAGCCGGGAAGCAUGAAUUUUAUGCCACCUGGAGGAAACAUGGAACAAAUGCAUGGUGGAAUGGGACAAGAAGGUCACUACAUGCAGCCAGGAGACAUGAUGAACCCGAAUUCCAGUCCAGAGCCCAUGAUGACGCAUCCAGAUUUCGGUCCCGGGGGUCCACCCAGGGGACUAGCGCCAAACGGAUUCGGUGCUGGGAUGCAACACCCGGCAGAGAUGGGGGAAGCAUGGUGAUACCACCGUUAUGUCGCUUAGCGUCACACCCAACGCAUUGUCAUCCCCUUCACACCCUGCAGAGUUGGGACAGAGGGAUGUAGAUUCUGGGGGGAAAUGAUCGCUAGAAGCAAAGGAACUGGAGGAAAUCUCCGGAAUCUUAGGUGAAAGGACAUUCAGUGAAUGAAAGAAACUCUUGCCAAUGUUUUUUAUUUAAUACACUCAUUAAUUGAAAAGGACUUAUUGGAAAAAAGGAAUCUCUGUUGUUGGUUUGUUUUCUUUCAACAGUCUGUGUUCCGAUUGGACUGUCGAUGGUUCAGUGGGUUUUCCAAGGUAAAAGAUGGGGACCCAACCAAUGCCAAUUACACGCACAUUCUUAAAGCAUAUGUCAGACCUCCGCGAGACAGUGGCUUACAAUAUACCUACUUUAAUGUGAUACGACGUGAAUUUUCCUGUUCAGCCGUGCUCAUUCGGCAGGCUGGACUGUGCAGCAUUUCAAUAGUAGAAUCUCAUUUCUCCGUGAUAUAGUCAUCAGUUCUAAGGCCUCAUUUGGAGAGCGCACGGAGGUAGACAUUUUCUUUAUCCUGGCUGUCAGACGGGCAUCACUGUCACGUUAGACCUUCCAGAUAUUGCAGAAGUAUGAAAGUAGUUAUCAUUGCAUUCAUAACGCUACGAUUUUGAAACACAAAACCGUCUUCACUUUCAAAUAGCACGAGGCGCUCCCGUUCAGCGCUGUGAUGUUUUUAAGUCAGAGGUCCCGGAAACCACGUUUUCAUUAAUAUUGGAAUUUUUUGUCAGAGGCACAAAAUGUUUUUGUGCAGGUAAGAGGGUUGUAGUAGAUAUCAGCAAGUAGCCCCUACUGUCAUCUAAAAGACUGGUGAGAGAAUGGGGAGAAUUUAUCUGUCAAAAAUAAUUUUUUAUAGUUUCUUCGUUAAUUUAAGAAUGAAUGGCAGUAAUGUGUGUGUGUACGAUAUAUUUUCCCUUGGAGUAAUAUGGGGGAUAGCAGCAACCCUCGCACGUUAUUCCUUUCUUCCUCUUAGGGAAGCAAGAGCACAAUUUUAAGAUGAAAUAUAAUUAUCAAAUGUGUGAUUUAUUUUUCAAUUAUUAUAUUUUGAAGGUGCUAUUCCAAGACAACUGCAAACGGCUUUUACUUUCAUAUGCAAUUCGACUUUGUAAGUGAUCUUUUCCUAGAAUAGAUUGAAUGUCUAAACUAUUUCUGCAAUAUGUCCAGAAGAUCUAAGUCACCUAAUGAAUUUGCUGACGAUUUUUGUUGUAGACAUUAGUUGUUAAAUCGUGUUAUAUUUUUUGGUUGACAUUGUUGUGAUGUGGUUAUUCCCUGGCAGUACAAUGUACCUGUGUUACAUAUCGUUUAAAUGGUAUAGAAUCUAACGUGUAUGUUAACCAUUCUCUCAACUAAUAAGUUUAGGCAGGUCAGUAGCUUUUUUUGCUUCAUUAAAGGUAUCAAUUCGAGAUAACUUAUAUAGAAAGUGAUCGAAGAAACACGUUCUGUUUCUUUUCUAUGAUGGUUUUCUAACCCAUGCACCUUGUAUAGAUCUCACCAUCUUCUUCCUCUUGUUUGUAAUUCGUGUCCAUGACAGUCAGUGUUGUAAAAAUAGCUCUUACUAGGUCUAUACAAUCAGUAGUGGAUAGUAAUACCGACAAGUCCACCUGUGACUCCAAGUGUUAAUAAUGUUUAAAAAAUUCAACAAAAAAUUACAAAAUAAAUUAAAUCAACUAUAGAACAAUUUGGCUUAUUUGUUUUUAAUCAAGAUAUAAGGUAUGUUUUUGAGGAUGAGGAAUAGUUUAUUUAUCAUGAAUUUUAGUUAUGAGUAUCUUAUUGAAAAGAUGUGGUAUAUAUUGGCUCAAAAUAUUUUAUUAAUAUCACGAAUUUAUGGAAAAAACGCAACUCUCUCGAAAAUAUUUAAGUCGCAUAUAAUCUUAAUAUAAAAAUGUGAAAAACAGCGAUUCAGAUUUUAUCAGC